AGGCACCCUAAGAUGCUUAUGUUAAACUACUCGACGAUUAAACGACGCUGUUCUGCGCCUGAGUUGUGUUGUGAUAAAGUGUAAAACUGACAUAAAAGUGAAUAAUGAGCGCGUACUUACAGGUCGCAGAAGAUGAAGGAGAAGAACCCAUAGAACUCCCUACCGAAGAUGAUAGUACAUUAUUGCUUUCAACGCUAGCAGCUCAGUUCCCUGGUACCUGCGGUCUCAAGUAUCGGAAUCCAGAAUCCCGGACAAUGAGAGGCGUUCGACUCGUAGAAGGAAGGUUACACCCUCCAGAGAAUGGCUGGGGAACAGGGGUGUAUUACUGCGUGUUUCCUAAAGAAAACAAGAGAAAAUCUGAUGAUCAUUUGGAAAAUUCUACAGCAAAAACAAAAAGAAUGGAGACAAAAUUAAAGUGUUCGGAUCUCAUAGUGCUCGGAUUACCUUGGAAGACGACCGAACAGCAGUUGCGAGAAUAUUUUGAAUCCUUUGGCGAAGUACUUAUGGCACAGGGGUGUCUAUCACAGUGUCUUCCAUAUGGGAGUCUGCACGAUGUUCAAACAACGGUGAAGAAAGAUCCCAAAUCUGGCCAGUCAAAAGGUUUUGGAUUUAUCCGUUUUGGAAACUACGAUUCACAGAUGCGUGUUUUAGCACAGAGGCAUAUGAUUGAUGGGAGGUGGUGUGAUGUGAAGAUCCCAAAUUCAAAGGAGGGGCAGGUUCAGCAAGUUCCAUGUAAAGUGUUUGUUGGACGGUGCACUGAAGAUAUGCAGUCGGAUGACUUGCGUGAGUAUUUCUCCAAAUUUGGGGAAGUAACUGACGUCUUCAUCCCAAAACCAUUUCGUGCAUUUGCUUUCGUCACCUUCUUGGAUCCAGAAGUGGCUCAGAACUUGUGUGGUGAAGACCACAUAAUCAAAGGAGUCUCGGUACAUGUGAGCAACGCGGCACCGAAAACGGAUCCAAACGGUCGCUCUUAUGGGGGCAGAGGCCUCGGAUCUCGGGAGCCGAAGAACUUGGCAGGCCCUUUCGGGGGAGCGGCAGGAGCUGCGCACCACUAUCACCAUCCUGGCGGUCCGGGAGGAGGUGGUGCAGGUGGUGGCGGAUGGAACCGGGCUGGCCCAGGACCAGGAGGCAGGGCUCUAGACAUGCCCAAUCUCCAAGCAUUGGGUAUUACAGGACAGGCCGGUGGCCCAGCUGCAGGUGGGGCUGGUCAAAAUGUUGCCAAUCCACUAGGCAUGGGUGCAUUGAACCUCGGAGCCGUAACUGUCAAUCCUGCACUGGUGGCUGCAGCUCUCAAUCAGGCGGGCUGGGGUCUCAUAGGCAAUUUACAAGGUGGCCAGGCUCCAGGACCUGGGCCAGGGGGUGCCGCAGAGGGAGGCCCGGGUCCGGCAGCAUUCGGUCAGCCUGGAGCUCCGGGAUUUGCUGGAGCACCAGGUGGACCAGGGCCGGGCCCUGCACCUCAGCAAGGAGCUGCACCCCCUGCUGCAGGAGCGCAAGCUGGAGGUAGUUUUCUCAGUUGGAUGAGCCAAGGUACUCCCACUGGGGGAACCGACGCCAGUCAAACUGGCAGUGCUCCUGGUACGAGUACCCCCCAGCAGCCUGGUCCAGCCCCUGGGUCGUGGCCUCAAAGAGGCAACAAGGAAGGCUACCUGAAAUAUGAAUAGGCAGGUAAAAGCAAAGUGGAGAAAAAUGUGCUGUCAGGUCCUUAACACUUUCCAACACAAGGACAAUGCUUUCUUUAUUUACAAAAUGCUUUCUUAACUGAUGUGAAUCAUUUUAUAUUCUUAAGGUAAGUCAUGUCAUUCUGAAAAGUGCUUGCCCACUUUGGUCAUUGGUGCUUCUGUGACUGCCGCGAAAUUUUAGACUUGUGCUUCCUAGGUUUUUCAUCUGAAGUCAUGCCAGUUAUUUCUGAUUACUAAGAUAGAUACUGAACAUAGGAAAACCUAUAUUUGUGAAAUACAACAUUUAAAUGUGCAUCUCAGACCUCUGAAAGAAAAGUCAUUUAUCCAGCACAAUUGAAGUAAGAUGAUUGUGUUUGUAUUCAGUGUCCAGAAUCCCAAAAAUAUUCUUCCUCUCCCUCAAAUCUUUCUACUGUCAUCAUCAUCAGUAAAGAUAGGGAACUCGUAGCACAGUGUGACAUUGUUAAUACUUUGUAGUAUGAAGUGAACAUGGGUUUAUGAAAUCGAGUGUUGGCAGAAUUAUAAAAUUUUUAACUUUCUGUGCUCAGAAAAGUUUUGUUCUUUCUGUUUGUAGAACCUUGCCAUUUUGUAAUGGAUAUCAGGUCAGUCCUUGUUUUAAUUGUUAAAAUUUUGAUAACUUUUGUUCAUGCAUUACUUCAUCUCAGUACUGGCAUCAGGUAAUCACGAAUUGAGCUGAAUAGCUUAUAUAUGUACAUGCUUCACAGAGGGUUUCUUGUUUUGUUGAGUUCAGUGUUGGGUCAGAUUUUUGUUUCUCCUUUGGUAAACUUAUUUCUGAAACUUACACAAUAAUUCUGCAUCUGACUUUGUAUGUACAUCUGACGAUAAAAUGAGUUCCCAUGAGAUGUAUUGUGAGUAACAGAAAUCUCAACAAGCUGAUUAUUUCUCAUUUCACUUAGUUACUUUGUUUCCAGAAUUUUGAUCACUAUAAUACAUAAUAUGGUCUUUUAGAAUUACUUGUAGCCAAUGUAGUCAUUUGUGAUAUUUCAUCAGAAAUGAAGGCAGAGGGAUUAAAAAUGACAUCAUGUAAGAAGUGUGUUGAUAUCAAGUUGUAGUAAUUACUUUGCAGACUGUUUUAUGUAAAUUACUAAUAUUUUGUAAACUGUAGUUGACUUUCACUCUGAAUUUCCAUUGAUAGUGUAUAUAUUUCAACCUAUUCCUAAUAUUGUCAACAAGAAAUGGAUCAUUUUGCUCGAGAAAUUGAGGAAAUUAAGUUUUCUUAUCAUAUAUUUUUAUAAUUAAAUGACAGCAUUAUAAAAAUAUCGCGAUAGAUAUUUUAUAUGAUUACUAAUUACAGUUUACUUCUUGUUAAAGACUUCAGUUCAUUAGCCUUACGGCUUCCUCUUUCUCUAUAUUACAGUCUCUCAAAAAUGUCUACAGUUGCCAUGUUUUAAAAUCAAAGCACAAAAUAAAAAUUAUAGGCCAUUAUUUGUUUUCACACUUGUAUGACAUUUGAAUGCAAAUGGCCAUGUAGUGUGCUGGGCCAAUGGAAUUAAUGAUAAGGUCUAUCAUUGGCAACAUAAUGUGUCUCAGUUAUAUGCUGCGGGCAAGGGGGUGGGGUGUAAAGUGUUAGCAAGGCAAAAUUAUCAAACUGAGAGAAGAAUGUAGAAAUAGUAUGAAAAAUACUGUUGCACUGUUUUGUUUGAAUGUUGGAAAAGAAAAUACGAAUUGAGAAAAAAAAAAACAUUACCUCCUCUGUAUGUAAUAUAACUCUCUUUAAUUAUCUAUACAGGGUGGUCAGAAAAUGUCUGAAACACUUGUCGUGAUGUUGUAGGGCAGAUUGUACUGAGACAUAAAUGUUAAGAAAAAAAUGUGAUACGUUGCGCCGUUUCCGAGUUAUUUAGUGUAGAAUUUAGCCAAUCGGGGCAUCGUGUGCUCACAUUCAAGCGGCCUGCCAUGGGCGGUGUUGCCCAACAAGUGCUUUGUCUCGUUAGCUGAAACUUGAAUUUACGCACGCGACGAUCUGAUUGGCUAACUUCAAUGCUAAAUGACUCGGAAACGGCGCAAUGUAUCGCAUUUUUUUUCUUAACAUUUAUGUCUCAGUACAACUUUCCCUACAUCACUACAAGCGUUUCAGACAUUUUCUGACCACCCUGUAUAUCGGACAGGUAGUACAAGUGAGGGAUGUAUAGGAAGAGGGAUAUAUUCUGGACACUGGAAGCAUAUGUACCUUAGAUCAGAGAACCCUUCCCCACUCUCUCUCUCUCUCUCUCUCUCUCUCUCUCUCUCUCUCUCUCUCUCUCUCUCUCCCCUUCUCCCUCCCCCACUUCCCCCUCCCACCACCAACCCAUUUCCCACUUGUCUUUCCUCUCUUCAGUCUCCCAUCUCCAGCACUCUCAGCCUCUCCCUCAUUCCUUCUGACCAUGUUGUAAGUCCUGUGACUGGCUUGACUGAAAUUUGUUUAGGUCAGUUUAUCAUAUAUUCUGGUCAUUUAAUAUUGUCUGUCUGUUAAUUCCAGUCUGACUAAUUGACCUCUCCCUCAUAGUAUUGGGAAUGAACUCAAGUGUGUUAUGAGUCUAAUGUGGCAAUAACGGUUGCUGUAAAGAUGAUAUUAAUUAGGUGUUCAGAGUGGUUCCCAUUCCCCAAUCCUCCUCCUCUCCCCCCCCCCCCCCCC